UUCAAUUUUAACGUGUUUUGGCUAUUCUUACUGUCUUACUGCAUUCCGCCACAAACUUUAUCAUUUUUGGUUAUUUAUUUAUCAAAGUUUGUUCACAAUGACUCUGUGGUUUAUUUUUCAUCUUUGGAUAGUUUACCAAAAUUUUAUAUGGGUGUGCGUCGAUGCUUCUGGUUAUGUCGAAGUGAGAUUGAUUUCAUACCGGAACAAAAAUGGAACGGACGAUGCCGGCAAAUGUUGUGAUAAUACAGCGCCAUCUGGCUGUUCUGCUUGUGAUCCUUACCUCCAAAUUUAUUUAAGUCAGGGAAAUUCAAGUGUAAACGUAUCAAACAUUGUGAUAACGAGCGUUUACAAUAAUACAAACAGUAUAGCGUUUGGAAACACCACUGGAAAAACUGGCAACCCUUUCAAGUUAACGUUUGUCAACUUCACUAACACGUUUGUACUGUCACUUAUAGCCUGGGAUGACGAUAAAGUUGACAGCGUUAACAAACCUAGUGAUAAACUUGAGGAACUUCUGUUUACAGUUGGACAAGGUGAACCGUCACCGUAUUAUAGCAGUCCAAAAUUUGUGCAGAAAACAAUUGACGGCAAGGCUGUCAAACUGGAAUUCGAAUAUAUCAUAUCAUGCAGUCAAGAUUUCUACGGGGGCAGCUGUAAAAAAUACUGCAAACCAAACCCUGGGCAAUAUAACUGUAGUCGAUCUGGUGACAAGGUGUGCGAAUCUGGAUGGAGUGGACACGAAUGCAAUACAGGUGUUUGUCAGAACAAUAAAUGUGAAAAUAAUUCAACAUGUAAAGUUGAUUUAACUGUGGGAGGAUACAAGUGCUCAUGUAAACCAGGAUAUUCAGGACAAUUUUGUAAUACGUCAAUGUUUCCAGUUACAAACAGAGCAUCAACACUACAAACAACGAUGUUAGCUAAGACUAUGAACAAUUCUUCCAUCCGUAAAAAGUCUGACAGUUAUUCAUCAGCUAAGAUAGGAGUGAUUGCUGGUUCCGUGACCGCCGCUUUCCUGAUAGUCACGCUGCUGGUUCUGAUAACACGGAUGUACUUCAGAAAGAAGCAAAGAAAUAAAACGGAAAGCGCACUAGUCAGCACAUAAAUGCAGUGAUGGUAGAUUCCUUACUCCAAAAUGGGUUAUUUACACUAGUUCACAACCACCAGUUCGUGUGUAAUUUGUGUUUGUACUAAUUAAACAAACUUUGAAUAAAUGAUGCAAUAAGAGAACUUAUUCUAGUUGAAAUUUUGUACAAUA